AUGCCAAUAACACUUGCUCAAGCUCAACGAGCUAUGUCUUCAUAUGGUUUAUCUACAUUUUAUAUUCUUGGUACAAUUGGUAAUUUUCUUUUAAUAUGCAUUCUUAUACAACGAACACAUCGACAAAAUUCCUGUGCACUCUAUUUACUUUCAGCUACAAUUGUUAAUUUUAUUCUUAUACAAUGUAUUUUACCAGCCGGUAUUUAUUCUGCAGAUCAUGUUGAUCCACAAAAUAUUUCACCUAUUUGGUGUAAAAUUCGAAGUUAUUCAUUCAAUAGUCUUCUUAUGUUAUACCGUUGGUAUAAAAUGGCAGCUUGUUUAGAUCGUGCAGCAAUGUGUAAUCGUCAUGCACGGAUACGAUCAUUUAGUAAUGCUCGUGUUGCUCGUCGAACUAUUUUAAUUAUAACAAUUGUAUGGCUUCUUAUACCUAUUCAUUUAGCUGCUUAUUUUCGAAUUGAAUCAAAUCGUUGUAUACCACAAUCCGGUAUUUAUGCAAAAUUUUUUAGUAUGUAUUCAAUUGUAAUAUCUGGUUGGUCACCACCGAUAGUAAUGGCUAUAUUUGGAUAUAUUGCAUAUAAAAAUUUAAAAAAGGUAAAACCAAGAAUUAAUCCAUCAACAGUUCCCACUGGUAUUAUUAAUGACCACUUGAAUAAUAAUAUUGCGUCAAGAACAUCAGAUUUUCAUUAUAUAAGUAAACGAAAUCGACAAUUAUUAUUGUUACUUAUUUGUGAAAUUAUUUUAUAUAUGUGCACAAAUUUACUCUACUCAGUAAAUAUAACUUAUUCAGCAAUUACUUCAGAUGUAAGUAAAAGUAGCGACAGAAUUUAUAUUGAAUCAUUUAUUGCUUAUUUUUCAUCACCAUUUCUUAUUAUUAUUAAUAAUUGUGCACCAUUUUAUCUUUAUCUAAUAAUUUCAAGUAAAUUUCGACAUGAUGUUCAAAAACUAUUUACUUAUUGUUGUUAUUCACAUAAAAUUACACCAACACAAAAUAAUCAACUAACAACAAUUAGCAAAAGAGGGACCAUUAUAAAUCAUAACAAUGAUCUUUAA